AUUCAUUAAAGAGGAAACAACCUCUCCCUUUUUCACCAGCAGGAAUUAUGCUAUUGAUGUUGGACUGCUGUGUUAUUGAUGUUGGACUGCUGUGUUAUUGAUGUUGGACUGCUGUGUUACAUUGGGGUAAACUGAUCCAAGCAAAUUAUUGACCAUUCAUUGUCUAAUGUUUGUUGCAUUCCUUUUGAUAUGCAAUGGCACAUGACUUGCAUUGGGUCAAACUUGAAAUAUUUGGUUUCUACCCCCCCUCUCCCCCCUCCACCCCCAAACUACAUAAAAGAACAAUAGCUCAAAAUUAACAAGCUGUUUACUGUUCAUCUCUUGACACAGGAAGUAAAACAAAACGACCGGCCAAAAUGUCUGAUAAAAAGAUGACAACGAGCCGUAGGAACUACCUGAAGAGCUUGAUGCUCCAGAUCGCUGCCGGCUUGCUCGAGGCUGAGGAGGUCGAGGCUGAGGCAGAGAAGGCCAGGUACAUGGAGGAGAACUGCCCUGCACCAGAAUUGUUGGUAUGCAUGGCAGAGCUCACGGACUUGUGCAAGAAGCUCCAUCAGAAGAUCGAGAGGGUUGAUGAGGAGAGAUACGACAUGUCAACCAAGGUGACCAAGUCCGAGAAGGAGGUUGAGGACUUGAAGAUGAAGGUAGUUGAACUGAAUGGAAAGUUCCGGAAGCCCGUCCUGAAGAAAGUACGCAUGUCUGCUGACGCUAUGCUCCAGGCUCUGCUGGGCUCCAAACACAAGGUGUCCAUGGAUCUGAGGUGCAACCUGAAGCAAGUCAAGAAGGAGGUCAAGGAGGAGGACAAAGAUGCUGUGGGUGACUGGCGUAAGAACAUCGAAGACAAAUCAGACAGAAAGAAGAUGUUUGAGACUCAUAAGGAGUAGAAACGAAACCUGUCUGGAACUCUUCUGACAAAUAUCCACGUGUAUAAUCAAAUACUCCAGCGUUGACGAACGAGCUAUGUGUUGGGAUUUCCGUUUGUCCCCCGUUGGAUAUCUAGUCUUUUGUUUC